AUGAACAAUAUCACGGCCUCCCCUGGACUCUCUUUCCUUCUGAUGGGGUUCCCUGGACUGGAGUCUGCCCCCUACUGGCUGGCCCUCCCAGUCUGCACCACAUUCUUCUUGUCCGCGCUGGGGAACGGGACGGUCCUCUCGGUUGUCCUCACAGAGAAGAGCCUCCAUUCUCCCAUGUACUUCUUCCUCUGCAUGCUCGCCUUCUGUGACCUGGGCUUGUCCACAGCCCUCUUACCGACGAUGCUCCGUGUCUUCCUGUUUGGGUCCAGGGAGGUCUCCAUGGACGCUUGCUUCUCCCAGCUCUUCUUCAUCCACUCCUUCUCCAUCAUGGAAUCCUCGGUGCUUCUGGCCAUGGCUUUUGACCGCUUUGUGGCCAUCUGCAACCCCCUGAGAUAUGCCUCCAUCUUGACUGGCUCCCGGGUGGCCUACGUUGGCCUGGGGAUAGCCAUCCGAGGCGUGGCCUUGCAUGUGCCCAUCCCCUUCCUCCUCAAGAGACUGACCUACUGCCGGGCUAAUGUCCUUUCCCACUCAUACUGCCUUCAUCCAGACGUCCAGAAGCUAGCUUGCCGCAAGUCCAGCAGAGAUGGCAUCUACGGCCUCUUGGUGGUCUUCUCCACCAUGGGCCUCGACCCAGUGCUCAUCAUCUUGUCCUACAUCUGGAUCCUGAAGACUGUUCUGAGCAUCACCUCCCUGGAAGAACGCCGCAAGGUCCUCAACACCUGUGCCAGCCACAUCUCGGUGGUCUUGCUCUUCUACGUCCCAAUGCUGGCCUUGUCCUUAAUCAACCACCUCACCGUCCGUUCCCCUCCCCUCCUCCACGUCCUGCUAUCCUACCUUCACUUCCUGGCCCCGCCCUUGCUGAACCCGGUGCUGUACUGUGUCAAGAUGAAGGAAGUGCGCAAGGGAAUUGGCAGGAAGCUCCACUGGCCCCGAAGGGUCACUUCAGAUCAAGGCUGA